AUGAAGGAGGAGUGUAAACUGUGUAGUGUGAACGGGUGGUGCGGAUCACAGGGAUCGACAGAUUUUUCUAUUAACUCGCUGAUGAGGCCCGCCGCACAGCAUCCCGGGCAAAUGGAGCCGAGACAUGACGCCGUGCUCCUCUCUGCCUACCUGUUCAAACUAGGUGACUAUCCAUUGUAUACGCUUCACGAUUACCACUCCAACGUCGGUAAGACGACACCAUGCGGUUUGUGUGACCCUAUGCAACCUAUUUCGCCUUAUGGAUACUACCAGCCGGCGGGGCCUCUCAUAAAAGAAAGCAGCGCAGACGCCGAGCGAGCGCUUGCGAGAUAUCACCCCCCACCGCAUUAUCAUGCUCCGCAUCCACCUGUACUGCCGCAGUACGGGCCACCGUAUUAUCAAGCGGAACUUUGCUACGGCCGGUAUUAUAGGCCGCCAGGACCGUACCACAUGGGGCCCCCACAACCUGAUGCACAAAUGGUGACUAUGCCGAGUGAAGCGUAUCCUCCACCACAGUAUUACGGAACGCCACCAUGCUAUCAACAUUCGCCUCAAAGGAUACCAUACGUUGAAUACCGCGGAUGCCCGUGCCCAUUGAACGCGUGUCCAAAAAACGUCCAUAUUGGGCCCGCUACUGGUAAAGCCCCAGCCGGUGGCGGCCCGGACGUCCCUCCAGCCCUCGCGCCGCCCGGGGGCGCCUUCAGACCGAAGGUGCGGGCGUGUGCGCUGGACUCUGCCGCCGAUACACACGGCAGCGGCAAGGAUCCACCACUAGAACCAGAACCACCAGAGCCACCAACAGCAGCAGACGCACCUCAUCCUUGUCCACUGCCCACUAUAGGUGGAGCGUCACCAAAACGUGAAAUGUUCGAUGUGAGAGACAACAUUCGUAUGAACGCUGACAUCCCCGGACCUGAAGCCGUAGGCCCUCCUUCACCAGCCAGAGGGGCUUAUGCCCCACAACCGCCCCCGAGACGAGCGAGGCUAGGAAAAGCCAUGGCAAGGCGAUCACUAGCAGGCGACGACACUGGUUUACUCAUAUCACCGCAACAACCUACGACGAAUAGUGAAGCAGAUGAUGAUGUUCUAGCUAUAUCGCCACCUAUAUGCGCUCCAAUUGAUCUCUCAUCAUCAGAUGAAAGGUCUACACCAUUGGUUGAUGUUAAGAAAGAAAAUGAAGGUCCCACGUAUGCAACGUCGAGAAAAACAGACACGCAAGCUUUAAGAGAACAUAAUUGUACAACAGCGUUAACGGAAGCGGUAGACGCGACAGAGUCAGCGAAAGCCGUUAAGCGAAGAUAUUCGAAGCCCAAAUUAGAAAUUGAAAUGAAGGACGUUCAGCUCGAAGAUGCUUGUAAAACAAACGGAAUCGGGGAACACGUGAAAUUACAAAAACGAAGAAAAGUUUCAGGAGACCAAACACAAGUUCCGCGAACAGAAACGGUUACAAAAGAACCCAAAAAGAAAACUCAUAGUAAUAAGAAAACACCGAAAACGUCACCUGGUGAUAAAAAAGCACAUAAGCGAAAAUCUGACACUGCUCUUAAUGAACCCAAAGUAAAGAAAGCGUUAGUUGAGCCAGCUAAUAAUGAAGAUCCACGUCAUUUCAAUGUUGCGGCAGUGUCUGACGAACCCCUUUCCAUAAAACCAAAAACUAAAAGUGCACUGUUACUAGACAAUCUUUUAAAGAAAAACAGUAUUGACAGGCCUGAUGCUAAAGGAUAUAUUUCAGAUACUAAAUUAAAUCCAGCCGAAUUAUUCCUGUCCCCAAAUGAAAAUAUUUCACAAAACAAUACUAAGAAAACAUUAAAUAUAAAUAAUAAUAUUGUAGAAAAUAAUGUUCCUGUCAACGGUGUGAGACCAAACACUAUAGCAGCGGUGAGCCAACUAAUAGGAAAGAAACUAGCUUAUAAGAAUGCUUGUAAAGUAGACAAGGUAGACUCGAAGGUCACACACAAUUUAAAGUCAGUAUUAUCAUCGCCCACCGAAUCCUUAAAUAUUAAAGAGGAUCCUAAUCCUGUAGCGCUGCUAAAGAGUGUUACAAAUAAUGAAAAAUCUAAUACAUUUUUUGUUGAAAAGGACAGAAAGAAAGCCAACGUUGAAGAGAAAUGUGAAAUAAAAGACGCUAAAAUGUGCAAUUUAUUAGAAAAUAAUAUGACAGACGAUGUCAUGAAACCAGUAAAAACAUUAAAAUGUGGAAAGAUUAUAGCUCAAGAGAGUACUUUAGAAUCAGAUGUUGAGAGACUAAAGAACGACACUAUAAAUGAAUCUCAUGAGAAAAUAGAGAAAAACUUAGACUCUGAAGAGAGUAAAAUACUAUAUAAUGCAUCAACGGGUGAAAAAACUACUGAUAACACUUUGGAAAAACCAUUAUCCAAAAGAUGUAAAGGUAGCACGGAAAAAUUAAAUGGGGAAUUUAAAAGCAAAAAUGUCGAAAAACUAGUUAGGUUACUGGCAUCGAAAAAACAGGCCGGCACACCAGAACCUGAAGUUAUUGAAAAGGAUACUGAGAAGAAAGACAUGGAUGAUAAAGAUAACGAAAGGGAUAAAGGGACGACAAAGCGGUGCAAAUUGACAAGUGAAAAGACGAACGGAGAAAAGAGCAAAGUUGAAAAAGUUGUUAAAUUGCUUGUUUCUAAAAAAACGGUCAUAAAAGCGGACGAGGCAUCACUAGUCGUCGAGGAUGCGUGCUCGUCACCUGUGCCCAGUGUGAGGAAAACUAAGAGAAGACGAAGUGGUGGAAGACGAAUGAGACGAAUACCAGUUCCUCUAGCACCUCCCGAUGUGAACCUGAAGGCACCGCCCCGAUGGAGCAAUGGAUGGACAUGGGAUGGCGAACACUAUCUUUCUAAAGUCUACCUCAAUAACGACUCCCGAUUAGACCGCACGGCGCGAUGCUGGCCGCGCAUGACACACGCGAGUGGUGACCGCGUAGCGCGCGGCGACUGUGUCCUACUGCGCGCCUCCCAGGCUCGCGCUCAGCCCUUUGUUGCGAGGAUAGCAAGUCUGUGGGAAAACCCUGAUGAUGGAGAGAUGAUGGUGUCACUAGUGUGGUAUUAUCGGCCGGAGCACACGGAGCUCGGGCGGCAGGCGUCAGACGCGCCGGACGAAGUGUUCGCGUCCAGACACAGGGACGCCAACUCUGUGGCCUGCAUCGAGGAUAAGUGUUACGUGCUCACGUUUAAUGAAUAUUGUCGGUACAAAAAGCGACUAAAAGCAGCAGAAGAGGGCAUCACAAUAGCGCCUUCAAUAGUGCCGCCUCUACCCGCUAGCGAAGUGACUCCGGCCCUAGCGCCCAAUGACACGAAACUACCGCCUUCUGUAUCACCAGAACUAGUCUUGUUCUGUCGGAAAAUAUACGAUUUUAGAUCCAAAAAAAUACAAGUUCCAAACAAA